AUGCGCGCCCUCCGCUACCACGGUGUCAAGGACCUCCGCGUCGACGACGGCAUCCCCGAACCCAAAUGCGGAGAGAACCAGAUCAAGGUCAAGCCUGCCUUUUGUGGGAUCUGUGGGACGGACUUACACGAGUAUUCGUCGCCGACAUUCAUUCCCCAACCCAACUCUCCUCAUCCAAUCACCAAGGAGGUGAUGCCCGUCGCCAUCGGGCACGAAUUCUCGGGCGAGAUCGUCGAGAUUGGCAGUCUUGCUGCGUCCCAUCCGAAUUUCCAGGGCCAAACCCUCAAGGUCGGGGACAAGGUCGCCGUGCAACCCACCCUCGCCUGUUUCCACUGCGGCCCGUGCGAGGACGGCUACAUCAACUGCUGCGACUCGGCGGGUUUUGUGGGCUUGAGCGGCGGGGGCGGCGGCAUGAGUGACUAUGUCUGUGUCGACGCACAGUUUGUGUUCAAGCUGCCGGACCAUGUGGGCUUGGACGUCGGCGCGCUGGUGGAGCCGUUGGCCGUGGCGUGGCAUGCGGUUGACCAGUACCCGCUCAAGAAGGGUGACAGCGCCCUGGUCAUGGGCGCCGGUCCUAUUGGGCUCGGUGUCAUCCAAUGCCUCAAAGCCCGGGGCGCAGGGACCAUUAUCGUCGCCGAAGUCGCCAAGGAGCGCCAGAACUUCGCGAAGGCGUUUGGCGCUACCCAUCUGAUCGAUCCGCGGACGGAAGAUGUGGUGAAGAGAAGUAAAGAGAUCACGGGCGGCCAGGGACCGCAUGUGGCACUGGAUGCGGCCGGAGUCCCGGCCAGUUUAAGGGACGCGGCGUUGGCGGUGAGGGCAAGGGGGACGAUUGUGAACCUCGCGAUUUGGGAGAAAGAGGUCCCGUUCCAACCAAACACCCUCGUGUUCGGAGAGAAGAAAUACUUUGCGAUCCUGGGCUACCUCCAAUCCGACUUCGCCGGGGUCAUCAAGGCGCUGGACGACCACUCCCUGGAGCCCGAGAAGAUGAUCACGGGCAAGAUCAAGAUCGACCGGGUGGCGCAGGACGGGUUCCGGCCCCUGAUUGAAGAGAAGGACAAGCACGUCAAGAUCUUGGUGGAUUGUCGAGCGUGA